AUGACGGUGAAACUGUUCCGACGGGGCUCGGCCCGGUGCAUCGGGUUGCUGUCGGCGUUCGUCACGAUACUGCUCUGUCUGUACUACAUUUCGAUGGGCCAACCGUCACCGACCGGCUCCGGCGGGACAUCGCCGGCGCGCAUGGGGCUGCACAGUAAGGACGCACUGGCCGCGGCCGCCGCCAUGGCGCACCACAAACGGUCCAACGGCCAGGAUGCGCAGCAUACGGGCGGGCAUGCAAAUCACUCGUGGCACAGCUGGCUGCGGAACAGCUUGAGCUCGAUUGGGGGCCGCGGCAAGGAUCAGCGCCAUCGCGUCAGUGAUCGAGAAGGUGAUAACGGACGAGACGAGGACGGCGAGACGGGCGGGGACAGUGGUGACAGUGGUGGCCCGCUGCCACGAUUCGGCAGCCGCUGGGAUGAGUGCAACGUGCUGGAGGAAGCCCCAACCGACAUCAACACCGUUGAUGAGUAUGGAAAAUUUGAUUUCCAGCCCGAAUGGAUGAAAACGAAAGAGUACUGGGAUAAGGACUUUGAAUCUCGCUACGAAAAGCUACAGAAGGAUCCCAAAAGGCCACCGCUUAAGAUUGUCGUCGUUCCGCAUUCCCACAACGAUCCUGGGUGGUUGAAAACUUUCGUCAACUAUUUCCAGUCCGAUUCGCGUCAAAUUCUCAACCUCGCCGUCACCAAAAUGCCCGAGUACGGCAACAUGUCGUUCAUUUGGAGCGAGAUCAGCUUCCUGCAGCUCUGGUGGGACCAGGCACAUCCGACCAAGCAACGGAUACUGAAAAAACUGGUGCAAUCUGGACGACUGGAGAUCACGACCGGUGGCUGGGUUAUGACGGACGAAGCGAACGCUCAUCUAUACGCAAUGGUUGAUCAGCUUAUCGAAGGACAUCAAUGGGUGAAAUCGAACCUGAACGUUACACCCAAAACGGGCUGGAGUAUUGACCCGUUCGGACAUGGCAGUACCGUCCCGUACCUGCUGGCAGCAUCCGGUUUUAAGGGAACGAUCAUUCAGCGUAUCCACUACGCCUGGAAACAGUGGUUCGCGCGCCACCGGUACGGCGACUUCCUGUGGACACCGUACUGGAAAAGCUCCGCCGCAACGACGAACGAUCACACGCUGCUCACGCACAACAUGCCGUUCGACAUUUACUCCAUCAAGCACUCGUGCGGCCCGCAUCCUUUCAUCUGUCUAAACUUUGACUUCCGCAAAAUACCCGGCGAGUACACGGAAUAUUCGAUCAAGGCUCAGUUCAUCACGCAGGAAAACAUCGAAGCGAAAGCGGACCUGCUGAUGGAGCAGUACUCGCGGACGGCUUCCCUGUUCCCGCACAACGUGGCCCUCAUUCCGGUCGGUGACGAUUUCCGGUACAACAAGGAAAAGGAGAUGGAGCAGCAGUACACGAACUACAAGAAGCUGAUCGACUACAUUAACGAGCACCGGAAGAAGUACAAUGCGGAGAUCAGCUUCGGCACACCGGUCGAUUACUUUAAUGCGAUUCGUGAUCGCUACGAAAGGUUUCCCACGCUCAAGGGGGACUUUUUCGUGUACGCCGACAUCUUCAACGAGGGCCGCCCCGCGUACUGGUCGGGGUACUUCACGACGCGACCCUACUACAAGAUACUGAGCCGCGAGCUCGAGCACAACCUGCGCAGCUUGGAGAUCCUGUUCACGAUCGCAUUCAACCGGGCACGGCAGGAAGGCAGUUCGAAUGCGUUCAAAAUCUACGAAAAAAAUUACGAAAAAAUGAUACUGGCCCGGCGCAACCUGGGUCUGUUUCAGCAUCACGAUGCCAUCACCGGCACGUCGAAGGCGAACGUGAUGCGCGACUAUGCGCUGCGGCUGUUCGAAAGUAUUCAGGAUACGGUGAAGCUGCAGGAGAAAACAAUCGAGCUGCUGGUGCAGCGGAAACCCUUGGAGCACAGCUUUCUGAUCGGUGAACUCGAGCGGGACAAUUUUGGUAAGCUGCCCCGCAAAACGCCCAUCAUCGUGACGGAGGGACGCACGGCGGACUUUAUCGUGUACAAUGCGCUCGCCCAAGAGCGACUGGAGGUGGUGACGAUCCGUACCCUAACGCCACGCGUCAAGAUACUGGACGCGGGCGGAAAAACGGUCGACAUCCAGAUAAACCCGGUGUGGAACAUAACGGAAACUUCGUACACGUCGCGCAAGAUCGUCCCGUCGGACAAGGAGUACGAAGUUAUGUUUGUGGCACGACUGGCAGCGCUCUCGCUAACGACGUUCACGGCGGCCUAUGAUGAAGACGGCUACCAGGGCAAGAUGGCCACGCUGUACUGCAACGAGUGUCAGGACGAGAAAACCAAAGCGUUCGAGGUGCGCAACAAGCAACCGGGCGAUAUUCAGCUGGAGAACUACAAGAUGCGGCUGCUGUUUGACGAGCAGAGCGGAUUCCUGAAGUCGGUGACCAAGAAGAACAUGGGCAAACAGAUUCAGUGUGCGAUCAAGUUCGCGGCGUACAAGAGUGCCCAGUUCCACUCUGGUGCGUACCUCUUCAAGACCGAUCCCGAGCAGCGUAGCUCCGAAAAGGAUGUGCUGGAGCAGUACGGGGAUCUUACGAUUCUGAUCACAUCCGGCCCGCUGGCCAGCGAUGUGACCGCCAUCUACGGACCCUUCCUGGCACACACGGUUCGCAUCUACAACUCGAACAGCGUUCUGGACAGUGCGAUCUACAUUGAGAACGAUAUUGACUUCGAAGCACCACCAAAGAAUCGGGAGACGGAACUGUUUAUGCGCUUCAUCACCGACAUCGAGAACGGUGCCAGUGAAAAUCCGGAGUUUUACUCCGAUCUGAAUGGCUUCCAGUAUCAGAAGCGAGUGAAGGUGUCGGCGAUCGGCGUGGAGGGCAACUACUUCCCGAUCACGACCGGUGCUUUCAUUCAGGACGACCGGAUGCGGUUAACGCUACUGACGACCCACGCUCAGGGGGCGGCCAGCUUAGAGCCGGGACAGCUGGAAGUGAUGCUCGAUCGACGUACGCUGUACGACGACUACCGUGGUAUGGGUGAAGGAGUGAUCGAUAGUCGACUAACGCGCCACCGGUUUUGGUUGGCCCUGGAGACGAUCGAUCCAGCACGGCCGGGCUCUGCGACCAGCGAGGGCGAGGGUGAGCAACGUAAGCCUGCGUCCACCGAGUACCAGCUGCCAAGCAUCUUCGCCAACAGCCUCUCGAAUGGUCUUAACUAUCCCACGAACUUGUUCAUCGUGGAGCGGUACGACGAAAGCAAUCAAAUCGAACUGCACCGUGCGGUGCAGCUGCUGCAGGUGCAGUUUCCUUGCGAUCUGCAUCUGCUCAACCUGCGCACGCUCACCGAAAGCAGCCUGCCGUUGUUCCCCUCCAACUCGGCCCUGCUGGUGCUGCAGCGGCAAGCGUACAACUGCCGGAUAGGGGCCGAAGAGAUGGUUGGCUACUUUUGCGGCAAUGGAAGCGCUGCUAACCCAACGCAUUCCAUCGCCGAAGGUGACACAGGCGGAGGCCAUACCGCGGACUCGAGCGACAACGAACUGGAGCGCUUGGCCGCGGUUCGGGACGAUGGGCGACGACAGUUACAGAUGUUCCAUCGGUUACGGAUCGAAUCGAUCGGGGCUACCUCGCUGACCGGGUUGCACCCGGGGGAGAGUGUCAGUUCCUUCACCGAAAUCUAUCUGGAACCGAUGGAGCUGAAAACGUACAAUCUUACGUUUGUCAAGUAGAGAGAGCAUCUUCACUGGGU